CAUCCCCGCCGCCGCCGCCGCUAACUUUGCUUCUCCGCAAAGAGCCGCCCUCCGGCAAACAGAGGGUCGGCGGAGCCGGGGUCCGAGCCGGCCCCAGAGAUGAAGGGCCGGCGACGGUGGCGAGGCGAACAUCGCCGCUUCGCCGCGGUGCUGGUGCUGUACACGCUGCUGCUGCUCCUGCUGGUGCCCUACGCGCUGGACUACGGGGCCAGGCGCGGGCGAGCGGACGAGGAGCCGCUGCUGCGGCGCUGCCCAAGCCUGGAGGAGGCGCUGAGCGAGUGGGGCUGGGAGCAGCGGCCGCCGCUGGACGAGGAAGAGGAGGAAGAUGAGGCGGGCACGGCCGGGGCGGCGGGUAACGGCAGCGCGGGGAAGCGGCACAUCUACCUGCACGCUACCUGGCGAACGGGAUCCUCUUUCCUCGGGGAGCUCUUCAACCAGCACCCCGACGUCUUCUACCUGUACGAGCCCAUGUGGCACCUUUGGCAGGCGCUCUACCCGGGGGACGCGCUGAGCCUGCAGGGAGCCCUCCGCGACAUGCUGCGCGCCCUCUUCCGCUGCGAUUUCUCCGUCCUGCGCCUCUACACCGCCCCGUCCGGCCCCCGCGACCCGCUGGCCCCCGCCCCGCCCGCCGCCGACAACCUCACCACGGCCAGCAUCUUCGGCUGGCGGACCAACAAGGUGAUCUGCUCGCCGCCGCUCUGCCCCGCCGCCCCGCGGCCCCGCGACGAGAUCGGCCUCGUCGACGGCGCCACCUGCGAGGAGACGUGUCCGCCCCGGGCGCUGCGGGAGCUGGAGGCCGAGUGCCGCAAGUACCCGGUGGUGGUCAUCAAAGACGUGCGGCUGCUGGAGCUGGGCGCGCUGCUGCCGCUGCUGCGGGAGCCCGGCCUCAACCUGCGGGUGGUGCAGCUCUUCCGCGACCCCCGCGCCGUCCACAACUCCCGCCUGAAGGCGCGGCAGGCGCUGCUGCGGGAGAGCGUCCAGGUGCUGCGCAGCCGCCACCGCGCCGAGCCGCGGGGCCCGGCCCGCCACCAGCAGCAGCAUCUGCUGCUGCCGCCCGGGAUGCCGGGCGGCGGGCGGCCGCCGCAGCCGCAGCACCGCGCCGAGUUCUUCCUCGGCGGCGCGCUGGAGGUGAUCUGCCAGUCUUGGCUCCGCGAUCUCCUCCUGGCCCGGCGCGCCCCGGACUGGCUCCGCCGCCGCUACACGCAGCUCCGCUACGAGGACCUGGUGCGGGAGCCCCGCGCCGAGCUGCGCCGCCUGCUGCGCUUCGCCGGGCUGACGGUGCCGCCGGCCCUGGAGGACUUCGUGCUCAACAUGACCCGCGGCGCCGCCUACUCCUCCGACCGGCCCUUCCUCAUCUCCGCCCGCGACGCGCGGGAGGCCGUGCACGCCUGGCGGGAGCGCCUCAGCCGCCAGCAGGUGCGGCAGGUGGAGGCGGCGUGCGGAGAGGCCAUGAGCAUCCUCUCCUACCCCCUCAGCGCCGCCGACGCCCGGUAG